ACUCUUUAACGUUUGGCAACGGUUCUCCACACAUACACAUCUGUUCAAUAAUGGUGGCAGCGGCAUCCAUUGGAGUCUCAAUGAAGACGUUGUUUAUCUUCUUGUUUUGUGUGAUGGUAGCUGCGUUUGCUUACUUGUUCCUUUUCGGUGACUACUUUUCUUGUUUUGAUAUACAUUCCAGGUGGUUCAUACUAAUGGCGGUAGACUUUACCGCAUGUACUGUUCCUAUAGUGGCAUGGGUAUACUACAAGGAAUCAAGUUGGAUUUUUGCAUUUAUAGUAAUGGCCGCAAUGAAUGUACUAGGAAGGGAUGCCAAUGGAGGAUCUUUUGUUGUAGUUGCCAGAGUGAUCUUUUCAGUAUUAGGUUGCUUGGUGUUGGGAGCUCUGAUUUAUACGCUAGUUGAUGAGUUAUCUCCAUUUUAUACAAAAGAGUUUGCAUCGUGUUUCAUAACAUUUGAAACAGACAUAUACAUCCACAUUGCAAUGUUUUCGGUGUGGAUAGCUUAUAAGGAGUCAAGUUGGACAAGUGCUUUCUUUUGGAUUGCUUCACUUGUAUGUUUAAGGGGUGUUGCUUUAUGUGCAUAUAUACUUCGACGGUUGUUUGACCUCUCACCUCAGCAACCUGCUUCCCUAAUAAUAUUCAACAACACUGGCAGGUAAGUACUUCAAUGAACC